AUGUCGCAUGCCCAGCCUGAACGAUCAUGCUACGUCUGUAACAAGCACAUCCAGGAACUUCUCACCUGCCCCGAGUGUACCGCCGUCUACUACUGCUCGGACCUGUGCCGGGAGGUGCACGCCUUUGGUGGUGGGCAUAACGUGGACCAAUGCUUCCGCUUCGCCUGCCAGCGGGAGUCCAGAGGGGCCCUCCUGCAAACAUUGGACCCAUGCAUCCAUGGUCAAGCGGUGACCGACCUCAUCAGGGCCGGGCCGCAGGCCACACAGUGCGCGUGGCCGGGUGUGCUGGACAGGAGUGCGGCGGGGAGUGUGGUGGACGUCCUAGCCCUCCCCUGGGUCCGCCGCCUGAUGGACGCUGCUCCAGAUGCGCCAGCCCUGCAACUGGAGUGGCGGCAGGCUGCAGGCCUCCUGGUGGACGGCCUUGGCGAGCGCGCGGGGCGACAGUUGAUCGCAGGAUGCGCAAACCUCGUCGGACUGUUUCCAGGAACGAGCACGCCCGCCUGCCCUACCACGGCCCCGCACCCCGUCCAAGAUUGGGCCAGCCUUUGCCGCCUCUGCGGCGCCCCCGCAGACAGUCCCCUCCGCCUCUGCCUGGACGCCGUGCUGACCGUGCACGGCGCAGCACUGGCGCACCUGGGGCCGGCCGGCCAGGCCACACACCCCGCCGCGCUUUCCUGCCACUUGCUGGGCGCGGCGUGGGAGGUGGGGAGCUGGCCCCAGUUUGCCGUCCUCUCCGCCCUCUGGCCCUCCGUUGCCUGGAUCCUGGUCCUGGUGGGGCCUGGGGUGCCACCUCAGCUGGACAGCCGGUCGGUGGCCUGGCACGGGCCCAGAUAUGCCGGGGGUGGUCCUGGGCUGUGUUGCACCCUGACCUUCAGGCGCGGGCUGUACCAGGACCUCCUCUUUCCCCCUGGCGGGGGGGAGGUGUCAUGCGCGGGGGAUGAAGGGGCUGGCAGGCUGCGGGAGGUGGACCUCGUGGUGGCUCCGAAUGCGGGCCUGGCGGUGUACCCGGAGUGGGCCGGUGCGCUGCGCGCGCUGUGCCGCCUGAGGACCGGUCGCGCGAAGAAGCUCACCGCCCGCUUCACAGACUACUCGGCGGAGGCCGCUUGGAUGGGCGGGGAGGCGGUCAGCAAGGUUCUGGGCGGCGCCCCACGCCCUAGUGUCUGUGAAAACCCGUUUGCACAGCCGCUCAUGGUUCCGCAGCCCGACCACGACCUGCCCACCCUCAGCAACGGUUUCAUCAUAGAAUUUUGA